AUGCAAGGUCCUGGAGGAUCAUUGACGCCCGUAAGCACACCACCCUGGCUCGAGUACCCCACCCUAGCCUAACACCUGACUGAGCUCUCCUCCCCUCCUCGCAGGCCCCCUCCCCUCCCCCACCAGGUGGAGCAUCUCGUUCCUCGCGUCGCAUGACCUCAACCACCCCUUCCAAAGUAACCCACACCCGCAACAUAUCCGGCACCUUGGACUCCGACCACCUCGAUUCCUCCGAUGGGCUAGACGAUGAGGAUGAUGCGGUCGGAGCAGGUGGGGAAUCGGUCGUGUUUGAUGAUGAGGAGGAGGAAGCGGACUAUCGCUCGAAGACGACAGGGUCGAGGUCGAGGCGUGAGACUGUUGUGGAUGAUGAGGCUGGGAUGGAUGAGGAUUACGUGGUGGAUGAUGAGGAAGAAGUCGGGUCGGGCUCAGAGAGUCCGGUCAGUUUGGAGCGUUGGCGCUCAGAGGCUGCCCUCACACUGGAAGAUCCUCAGCGUAUACUGAGAGUUUUCCUUGUUAUCCUCAGAAACCAUCACGUUUUAGUCCCCUCCAAUCCCACACUCACGCACCCGACCGUCCCGAAAGCAGCAAAAACGUUUCAGGAGGCUUCCCCAGUCGCUUUGGAUUCGGAUCCUCGAGCAACCAUAACCGAUCGAGUCGAGCACAUGCAGAGGGUGGGGAUGCGAGAAGAUCGGCGCAUCGUUCCGGAGGUCGGGGGGGACCUGGUGGGGGAUCUCGUCCUGCAGGGGGAAGGAACGAUCAAUGGACGGAGAGGAUUUUGGAUCGGAAUGGGUACCCGAGGCAACGUCAGUACUCCUCAAGAGUCCACGCGUGCGCAAUUCCUAACGGACUCUACUGCUCACUCACUCUACAGUCACUUUCGAUCCCUUCCUUGAAGCCGAUGCACCUCAACACGCGGCCAGCGCUUCUCAAGAGGCUCCUUCAACUUCAGAACCUCCAGCCUCUCAACCCAUCGCCGCGGACCCGAGCACCGAAUCGGUCGAGCCCGUCACAUCAGCUUCGACCUCCUCAUGA